AUGAGUGGUGGACUUCCAUAUGCCGCGGAUGCCGAAAGCCCGUUGAAACCCGCAGAACUCCAAGUUCUGAGAGCACAGUUUGAGAAAGAGGGCGAACAUGUUGGCCUACAGACACAGUUCAACUAUGCAUGGGGUUUGAUCAAAUCGAAUAUACGAAACGAACAACAAGAAGGAGUGCGUCUCCUCUCAGACAUAUUUCGUACAUCUCCAGAACGAAGAAGGGAAUGUCUCUAUUACCUUGCCCUUGGCAACUACAAAUUAGGAAACUACGCAGAGGCACGGCGUUAUAAUGAUUUGUUGAUGGAAAAAGAACCGGAGAAUCUACAAGCGAGCAGUCUUAAGGGGCUGAUCGAUGAUAAGGUUGCGAAGGAAGGCUUAAUAGGUGUUGCUAUUCUUAGUGGGGUUGCUAUUGCUGCUGGAGUUGUGGGCUCGAUACUUUUCAGAGGCGUGGGUAGAAACAACAGAUAA